AGCUUCACGGAUCGACAACUGGAAGAGGAAUGAACGAAUCUCCGUAGAUGCGACAAGAUGAACCGCACUCGCUCUUUGCUACCAGUACUGCUAUGCGCGACUGUUCUUGGAAAAUCGGUGGCAGCAAUCUCCGGCUCCCCUCACGGUAAGGAGUCUCGUUCAUCCAUUUGGCUGUACCUAUUGGAAUGGCUGCAGCUUUUCCAACACGGCCACACAACAGGGAGAGGCCCACCUUCAUCUUGUCCAAUGGCGCCGGCCUUGCUCCUUUCCUAUCAGGGCUAUCUGCCCUCCCACCCACAGGGAAGCAUGUUAUUGCAGCAGCUGUCGCAAGAUGCAGCUCUCUACUACUGUUCUAUCCCAUCGGUGAGCGAAUAAGGGCAGAGCCACGCCGUCUCUCAGCAGUGUGCUUCGGCAGACACGAUCAAGUGUCGGACUCAGGCCAUUAAAGUGGGACCAACGCCUUCGCAGAGGGCCGGCUCGCUGUAUCGUGGCGCUGUCACAAACAUUAUCGUGAGCGAUCGUGGAAUCACAGGCCGCUGUUCCGUAUGCAUGUCCGGCGAGCUGCUUUUUAGGUUGGGGAAGUGCCGUACAUCAUGAUCACGUUUGCUUUAUUCCGAAUCUUCAGUACUACUUUGGCGGGCUGGCUGCCAUGUAAGUCGUCGAAUGAAAAUGAAUCCGCUGGCAAUCCCAGACCUACUCAUCUUGACAGGUCUGCCGCCUGCUUUGGUCUCUUUCUUUGCGGCGCUGAUCGGAGAAACGUUCGGGUAACAACAACGCCGUGAUGAUAAAUACAGCAGACAUGCGACCGUCACAUGUGUUGUGGAUCUUCCCACAGGUGUUUGUGGUAAAGAUGAAUGAUCACACAGUCGCAUACCCCUGUACGGCCGCACCUUUUGCCAGGCUGGUACCAAACGAGAUCGUCAAACAGCGGAUCCAGAGUGGAAGGCAGCCGUCAAUCUUCGAUGCCGUGCGUAGUAUUUCCACUCAAGGAGGCUUCUAUCGAGGCUUCAUCAGGUGUGUGUAUGCGAGAGAUGGACGGGACGGAACAAAACUGGUAACAUAUCUAAGGCCGUCUGAUGUGCAGCCAUAUCGCGAGAGAUUCGACAUUCAGGUGAUUCAAACUUCAAAGACUCUUGCGACCUCACUUCAUCCAGUCACAGGUUGAUUGUUGAGCUGUCAGGGGCCUGCAGCUCUCUUCGUAUGGAGCAAUUCGGAGGAUUGCUGCUGGGUGAGCAGCACUUCAGCUGAGGUGAUCAUUUGAUCAUUUGGCGAUUCCACCAGGAACCUGGCGAAAAAUCCACUCUUUUUAGGGAUGCUCGCUGGAUCUCUGGCAGGCGCCGCGACAAAUCCUUUGGAUGUCGCGAAGGUAGACGAGGAGAAAAGCGAGUGGUUGCAUAGGGAGACGCGUGAUUUUGUGCUCAGACUCGAAUAAUGACUGGGACCGUCGAGGCCUCUUUCGAUACAGAGAGUCAGUCAGGACCAUCCCGCAUCUUCCGUGUGUUGAAGACGACAUAUGACGAAGAAGGAUGGACUGGACUAUUUCGGGGCGUUAUGCCGCGUGUCCUGUACAUAGGACCCGCUUCGGCAUUUUUCUUUCUCGUGUACGAGUGGAUUCUUCAUGCUCUUGGUUCAUAGGUCGAUUUAAGCUUGGACUUGUUACAUUUAGGCGAAUCUGUCGGUUUUGAGAAAAAGAAACCCACUCAAAGAGAAACUGGCGGAGUGAAAACCGCUGGAACUUCAGUAAGCCGACGACCCCUGUUCGACUUAUACCAAGCCUGAUGUCUUGAGGUCACAAAGCAGCUCUUGCCUUGUUUGUCAUUAUCCCUCGUGUUUGUCGUUGAGCAAGGUCGACUUCGACGAUUCUACUGCUUGUCGGAGUCGACCCUUUUUUCUUUUUGAUUCACAUCACUCUGGAUGGUCGUAUCGCAACGUAGAUCUAUUUUCCCAAGAGCUGCACUCUCUGCACUUCCUCGGAGGGAUUAGGCUCGUUCGUGUGAGCAAUCGUUACAGUUUCAUCCAAAAACACACUUCGUGGGGCCAGGCAUCACGCUUCAUCAGGCUACUUUCUUUGAAGCGUGAAUCGGCCGUGAAUUAUGGAUGAUGCGUCAUCGCCCUUGUCUGUCACGCGCAGCUGUCCGAAUUGCACACCUUUCGCAUUCCAUCUAUUCGCCGAAUAAUGUUUAGCGUGAGAAGAGUCUGCCUCCCCUGCUUCAUUGUUGUGUGGGCUUCGAAUGCGUGUCUAAUUGUUGUUCUGUUACCGACGCGUCUCUCUUCGGUCUUGGAUUCAUGCCUGCGUAAGAAAGACAGGCUCGUUGUCGGCCGGCAGGACCUCGGUGCUCAAACCUUUUUU